AUGGUCAGGGUGGCGCCAACCUUUGACUUUGUUUUUGACUAUCAGCCCAUCCAUCAAUCUCAAAAGACUGCUCUCUCAGCGCUAGCUCAGCCUGCAAAAAAGAUUACACCUGAAGAGCUCUCCACACUUCAAGUCAAUCAGAAAGUGAAUGUCACUGCUUCAAUUUCACUGGGAAAUGAAAAGUCGAAACCAGUCCAACUGAAAACAUCAAAGGAGAUGACAUCAGUGAAGGAAGAUUGUGUUCUAGAAGAUGAAACUGGAACUGCAACUAUUCAUGUAUGGGAUCCACUUAUUAACAAGAUCAAAAGUGGCACCACAUAUGUGAUUGAGAACCUUUCUGUAAAACACUUCCAAGGAAUCACCCACGUGCAACAACCUUUAAAGAGGCUGAUCGCCAGCUGA